UUAGAAAGAUGUAGACAAAGGAGUUGAUACGACCAAAUUAUUUUUAAUCUACGAGGCGCUAGCAGUUUGUGUUGAUUCACAAAACAGCGUGAAACAACUUUCACACGCUAUAUGAGAGUAUCAUGCAGAGCCCGAAAGGCAGCCUCUGAUAUAUUUUAAUUCACCGCUCUCCAGUCUUAUAAUUUAUGUUUCUUUUUCUGUUUCUCUUUCUUUCCAGAAAAUCGAGUGAAACCACCAAGACUCCACUGAUGAUUGUCAAUCUGAAUAUUCCACCCGGGACGCAAACAUUAGCUCCAAAGAGCGUGAAAAGUCCCCGCAAAUUACCACCCUUUUGCGUGCAACACCAACAUCUGGCGAAAGCUUAUGGCUCUAAUCAAUCUCAUUCUGCUCCCGAAGACACCGCAUCGUCAUAUCCAAACAGAACAAUUCCGCAAAUCUUCAUACAGGGAUAUGAAAUACAAGACAAAAAGGUCACACCGCUGAAGCAGCAAGAAGACGCUCAAGAUUGCGAAAUUCGACCCAUCACCGAGAAUGAGGAAGACAGUUUUGCGACUAUUUUGCUGGACAAUAUUUCGAAUAUUUCUCUGGAAAUGAUCAAUAGGCAUCAGCGAAGGCUCAUGGGAACUACGAACUCGACAAAAACAGCGAGUAAAGGUUGUAACACAUCGGCAUGCGAUAUGUUUUUAAAUCUAGAUUCCUAUGAAAUGGAUGACUUUGGACAACUGCCUGAUAAGUCUGAAGACCGCACGGAAGACUCGCCUCCCAUUCCUCCGGGCUAUAGAUCUCUCUGUUACCGUACGCCUAGUCCCAACACUCGGCAGAUCAUCCGAGUCAAUGUUACUAUGAAUAGAGGUCGUCAUAUCGAUGAAGGUUCGCGUUUCAAUCAUUAGCUGUUUUCAUUGGAUUGAUAUUGUUGCUA